AUGGAUUCGAUGCCCACGCCCCCACCAGAGCGAGGCUCUUCGCCAGAGCCAUGGGCCACACCAGGCCUCGCACUAAACGCAGUACCUCAGCUCGACCGUUCCGUAUCGACAGCUUCAAGCGUGUCCUCUCGCUCGGUGGGCUCAAGGCUCUCAGAAAGUGGAAUACCAGGCAAGAGGCGAGGCUACAUGAGACCGGAAGGAACACAAUUUUCGGACUCGGCAAAGAACAGAGAAAGUGUCAUGAACCUGGGAACGAUCGCACAUCUGCAAUAUUACUUUGCUCGAACUGGGCUGCUUGAUGCAGCUACAGGACGAGUCGCAAAGUCGAGGAAAUCAGGUUCGAGAAGUCCGAAUGGAACCGAAGCGGGAGGCGACGUAUCUAUAUUAUCACCUGUGUCGCCAUCUCUAGCAGCGUAUGAUUUCGGAGAGAGUCUGGUCGAGUCGCCCCACGACGAGACAGCUUCUAUGGACUGGGAAGGCGGCGAGCCCAUGAUGCUACCACCUACCGUCAGCACCUACAAGCAAAACCCAGUAUACGUGCCGCCGCCCCCAGACAUGACCGUUCUGCGCCGAGAACUACGCGAAUCGCUCGAUGAAGCCAGCAAGCACCUGCAAGAGCUGGAGAAGGGUUUCGCCAGGGAUGACCCUGUGGAGAACGGCGGUUCAGGGCCACGCUCAGCUGAUGCGGCAGGAUGGCAUGAGAUCCAGGGCCUCAAUCUAUUGGAUGUCACCACUCUGGCCAUCAGAGCUGCCAAGAACUACUACACUGCACAUGAGGAGCCACAACGAUUGUAUGCUAUCAAGACCGAACGUCAGAUCCGCAAAGAGCUUUAUGAAGUUUUGGAGGUGCUGAAGCGUUUGGCCAUACGCAACUUCGCCAACGGUGUGCAGCCAUAUGAGGUUGCGCAGAUCAGGCAGUGGAUAGAUGGCAUCGGUGACUUGCUCGAUACUGAAGAAGAGAAAGAGAGACUGGAGCAUGCAGAGAGGGAGAGCUGGGCCUGGCGCGAGGGCGACUGGUCAGGACGGGAACGUGAGAGAGAGCUGUUGUUCCUAAAGUCUUUCGACAACAACGCAGACCCUCUGCCUGACUGGACAGAGCCCACCGAAAGCGAGCCUCAGACACCAUUCCUUCUGUCUUUACAGAACGGUCUUCGACUCGUCCACCUACACAACAGUCUUGUGAGGAAAUCACGUCGCCAUUUUGAAGAGAUCAAACAGUACCACACCGACACAGCGAAACCGUAUCGAUGUGCCGAUAACCUGCGGUACUGGGUCAAGGCUGCGGAGCUACGCUGGGACAUCAAGCUGGACGUUGACGUACUUGGUGUCGUCCAAGGCAAGGAUGUUGCGGUGUGGCAAAAGUUCGAUGCUGCUGUGCUGCUGUGGUGUCAAGGCGUACGCGAGGAAAUCACUUCAGAAUGGCUGAAGCAGAAGAACCAAACACGAGCACCGACCUUGCACAUACGCAACCCGAGCAUCGAAGCAUAA